AUGGCAGACACCUGUUUUUCUGGGCCUUGUGUUCCCACGGCCUCGGCCGUCUCGGUCUGCUCCAGUGACGUGAGCUUCGGCAGCAACAGAGUCUGCUUGCCCAGUUCUUGCACCGGCUCUUCCUGGCAGCUGGACGACUGCCCAGAGAGUUGUUGUGAACCCAGCUGCUGCGGCCCCAGCUGCUGCACCCCCUCUUGCUGCCCAGCCCCAUGCUGCACGCCGGCCCCCUGCCUGACCCUCGUGUGCCGGCCGGUCUGCUGCGUACCCGCCACCUGCCAGACGGCGUGUGAACCCGGCCCCUGCCAGGCUGUCUGCACCUCCUGCUGCCAGCAGUCUUGCUGCCAGCCCACUGGCGCCACAAAGGUCUUCCUGUAACAGUCCUGCUGGGCUCCACUACCCCUCCACUACCACGUAUUUUCCUUCUGUCCACUACCACUACCACCUCCUUCCUUCCAUCCACGAUUCCAGCCCUCCUACUGUGUGCCUAUCUCCCUACAAACCCUCUUCACCCCGUCCUCCACUGCUCUUGCUGCACCCUCCUGCUGUCCAGCCCCCACCUGCUGCCGCCCCGCCUCCUGCGUGUCCCUCCUCUGCCGGCCCACCUGCUGCAAGCCCGCCUGCUGCGCUCCCAGCUGCGGCCAGAAGUCUUGCUGCUGACCCCAGGCUGCUGCUCGCUGUCCCCCUGGCUGACGCCCUCUGUCUCUCCCCCGCCCCGGGAGCCACUUCUGCUGGUCUCCUGGAUCCCUCCCCGGGGAUCAGCCUCAGUAAGUGACCGGCCACCACCCGCCACCCUGCCUUGCAGAGACCUCAGAGAUGCCAAGGUGCAGCCAACAGCUCUGUCAUCUGAACCCCUGUAAGUCUCUUCCAAACCAUGGCUGCCCCAGCCUCGGCCCCUGCUUGGCGUGCACCCGGGCCCACUGCUUGCAGCCCCCGGACAGGCUCUCUCUAAUGUCAGCGUGCAAGAGGAUGGCCUUGGCCACAGCCUGUCUGUUAAUAAACACCAUGAAUUCAUUUUUCUGCCUCUCACUUGUCCUGUUUCCACAUCUUGGGUCCAUCCAGAAAAGCAGGAGCCUCACGCUGCCACAAGGGAGCCUGAGGAACCCAUGAGGCCCCAGGAGUCAGUGACUCUAAAGUGAUCGGCGUACCAUGCACACGCC